CACUUUCUGAUUCCCACUAUCACUCUCACCAAUCACGUGCGAGCUAGAGCACAUAAAAGGCAACUCACAACGGCAGAGAGCAGCUCUUGGGCUUCAAAGCUACCUCCAAACAGGUAGAGAAAGGAAAAGAAGGAAAGAAGGCAAAUCAUGAGUGCCAUUUCCAAGAAUUCCCUGAAGAACUCCCUGCUGCAGCUAGAAUGUUAUUUUACGUGGACUUUGCUGAAGGAGGAUGUAGAUCUUGCCAGCCUAGAAGAAUCAAUAGGUGAUCAGAUUGAGUUUUUCAUAAAACCCAACAUUUCAAAUUACAAUCUACUAUCUUACGUAUGUCACCUAAAGCUCUCAUAUGAAGAAGCUCUGGAAAAUCUCCAGCAAGCUGAAGAAGAAGUGAAAAAAUAUUAUCCAAAUGAAAUUGACAGGAGAAGUCUCGUUACCUGGGGGAACUACGCCUGGAUCUACUACCACAUGGGCAGAUAUGAAGAAGCUCAAGUGUAUAUAGAUAAAGUGGAAAACAGCUGCAAAAAGCUUUCAAAUACUGCUCAGUUGAAGAUUCAGCUUCCAGAGAUCUAUGCUGAGCAAGGAUUCGCACUAUUAAAAUUUGGACGAAAGUACUAUAACAGAGCAAAGGAGUGCUUUGAAAACGCUCUGAGGAAAGAACCCAACAACCCAGAAUUUAAUGCCGGCUAUGCAAUAGCAAUGUAUCGUUUGGAAGAAUUUUCUAACAGAGAAUGUGAAGAAGUGGACCCAUCCCUGGAGCCUCUGAAGCGUGCACUGGAACUGAAUCCAAUGGACACUUAUCUUUUGGCAUUACUUGCACUGAAACUUCAGGACUUACAUCGAUUUGACGAAGCGGAGAGAUGCAUUGAAGAAGGAAUGCAGAAAACUCCCAAUCUUCCUUAUUUCCUGAGAUACGCUGCUAAAUUUUACAGAAGGAAAAAAGAUCUGGACAAGGCACAAGAGGUUUUGGAAAGAGCCCUAGAAAUAUCACCAAAAUCUACCUUUUUGCUUCACCAGCUAGGGCUCUGCUACAGAGCAAAGCUGUUUGAGUUGAAGAACAAUACAAGAUAUCCACCUCAAGAUCAAGUGGAAGAACUCAUUCAAAUUUGCAUUUCUCUUUUCAAAGAGGCGAGCGAGCAAAAGCCAAAAUUUUUUCAUGCCCUAACUGACUUGGCAAGGAUGUAUGUGGAAGCAAGAAUGUAUCAAGAAGCAGAAGAGACAUUUCAGAAAGCACUGAAGGUAAACAUUCUGACUUGCUCUGAUAAACAAGAAAUAUGCUACCAUUAUGGGAAUUUUCUGCAAUAUCAGAAGAAAUCAGUAUCUGAAGCGAUUAAAUAUUACACAGAAGGGCUAAAAAAUGGUGAGUAUCUUUUUGCCAACAAGAUCAAAAAAUACCUAAAAAGAUUGUUGGAAAAGAGAAUUCAAGAAGGGUUAGGAGGUGAAAAUGAUUUUAGUACACUUGGACUCGUUCAUAAACUAGAUGGUGAGAAGCUCGAAGCAAUUGAAUGCUACGAGAAAGCCAAUGAAUGUAAUCCUGAAAAUGAAGAGUAUCUGAGUGCAUUAUGUGAGCUUCGACUUUCCCUCUCAGACUGAGGAACUCCCAAAUCCCUCUCAACAACAUCAAAAGCACAUUUAAAGAGACAAUAUAAAUACCUUUGUUCACUCUUUAAGGUUAAAG